CAACAAUGGAUCUACUAAGCUGAGGAGCGAGGAUUCCAGUUACCUCUACCUGGGACCUAGGUUGACAUCAUCUUUUUCGACCCCGUCAAGAUUACUUUGUCGACAAGGAGCAGCAAGAGGGCCUCUAACAUACCGUGGACGAUGGCUUCUACCUCCUCCCCUUCAGCUUCUAUUUCAGGUUCUGGCUCUGGCUCCAGUUCUGCUCCGGCGCCCUCCCCCUUAAAGACAACAUCCGGCUCCGCCUCUAAAUCCAAUUCCACAGCCUCUUCUCAUGACACACAAUCUCUGUAUCUCAGCGCGAACUUCGCUCACAAUCCCAAGGCCCCCUUUGCCGUCAACUACGAUCAAGAGGUUUAUUUACAGUUGACGGCCGGAGAGGACACCAAGAAGAACAAAACACCCCCCCAACUUUACCGUGAGGAGUGGGUGCGUCGAGCGUUGAACCCGGCUGUCUCUGAUCCUCGAGGGGACCCGAGUCCGCUCGAUUUCGAGUGUGCAGAGAAUCAAAGGGUGAGGGACCGGUUUUGAGCAUAUGACGGGAGUUCGAAAUCAGGACCUUGUUGGCUUGCAGUCGAGUUCAUACCUCUUGGGAAACCACCUUAGCCUAGGAACGUAUGGAUAUUAAUAAUGUAUCGUGGGU